GCCGAAAUUUUUAUUAUCGAUUUAAUUUUUUCUUAAACACUUUCAACAAUGGGAGGAAAAGUAUUAGGUAUACCACCACCACCUCAACGACAUAAACCUGAAACCCCAUCACAACCAAUAGAUCCAACACAACCUUCAAGACCACCAGCAACUUCAAUAAUACCACCUGAAUUAUUUAUUAAAAUAUGUGAACCGCUUACACCUGACGAUUUAUUUUCAUUAUCACAAGUUUCUCGUUAUUUUAGAGAUUUAUUAUGUUCACCAAAUUCAUCAGCUACACAAUCUAUAUGGAGAAUGUCAAGGUUAACGUUUUUAUCUUAUCCUACUUUACCACCUCCUUCUUCUCCACCUCAUGGUACAAUUAGUCCUGAUGGAAUGGAUGAAAGAACUUAUAUAAUGAUUACAAAUAUAGCUAUAAGGUGUCAAUUUUGUCAUGAUCGUAAAAAACAAUCACAUAUUUAUUGGGCAUUUCAAAUUCGAAGUUGUGAUGAUUGUUUUCUUCACCGAACCAUUAGUGAAUAUAGAUUAUUAAAUCAUUAUAGAAUGCCAAAAGAAGCGUUAUGUGGACUUCCAUAUGUAUCACCUUGUGAUUAUAAAAUAUAUUGGAAAGAUCAUAUACCAAUAGUACAAUCAGAUUAUUCAUUAGCAAUAGAAUCCGAUUUACUUUCAGUUUGGAUGAUCCAACAAAAAACAAAAUUAGAACGUUACAUGAACACAAUAGAAAAUCAUGAAUGGGAAUUUAGAAAUGAAAUGACGAAAUGGUCAUAUCAUAAUACAUUAUCUUUACAAGAAGUAAAAUUACGUUCAAGUUGUAUGGCAGAAGAAAUUGCUUCUGAUAUGAAAUUAGAUCCUGAAAAAUUGAGAGAUUGGGGAAUUUAUUGGUACCCUAUGAAUAGUAAUAAUAUUAGAAAUUUAAAUGAGGAUGAUUGGAAUGAUUGGAGAAAAGAGAUUGAAGCUGAAAGUAAAAAAAUUUUAAGAAAAUCUCAUAAUAAAUGGUAUAAUAGAUUUUCGAGAGCCAGUAUAAUAUAUUGAUUAUUACUUUUUAGGGUAGGGGGGGAGUAUUUGAAAAUUUGUAUAUAUAUUACACGCAUUUUACAUAUUAUAUCC